AUGGCGGCGGCGCGACUUCAGCAGUGAGCGCCGCGGCAAAGUACGACUGCGAGCUUCACGGCUCGCGGCUUUGCCCCAUCCAGAGAUGGCGGCCAUGAGUCUCCUGCUGCGAACGGCGGCCAGGACCGGGGUCCGGCAGCCGCUGACCUUGUCCGCGUGGCUCGGGCGGACGGCCUUGCUGGGCCCCAGUGCCAGUCGCUCCGGAGUGAUCGUUUCACUGCGCCAUGCCAGCGACUUAAAAAAGAUGUUUUACAUCAAAGCAACACGGUUUUAUGAUAACCGGUUUCUGAGAUUACUGAAUUGGUAUGCUCUGUUAACUGGAAUUCCGGUGCUGCUUAUUGUAGCCUUUGUUAAUAUCUUUAUUGGUGAAGCUGAAUUGGCUGAGAUCCCAGAAGGUUAUAUUCCAGAGCAUUGGGAGUAUUAUAAGCAUCCUAUAAGUCGGUGGAUUGCACGUUACAUCCAUGAUCCCCCUGAAAAGGAAUACGAAAAGGGAAUGGCUACGUUAUAUUUUGAAUAUGAAAAAAGGAAAUUAAGGAAAUUGGAAGCAGACGCAAAUAAGCUGAUGUUCCACAGGGGGGAUGGACCGUGGCAUCAAUUUGAAGCCCCAGGCACGUCUACGAUUGAUUAUUCUCCUAAAGCAAGACCUGAUUUCUGAGCAUUUCAGCUGGAAUCUCCGGCAGGCAUCCCUGCAGGGCAGUUAAAAUGUGUAAUGUAUACCUAACUUAAAUCAAAAUGUGCGCUGCCCAGAAUAGUCACAGAGUUGGGCGGCCUUACAUGUGUAAUUAAAUAAAUAAAUGUUCUGAUUCAGUAACCCCUUGUACUAGCUUGUAUUAGCUGUAAUCCUUCCCCCCCCCCAUUUGCUGUAUCUUUUUUAUGUGUGUACUCCAGAAUAAACCCCAUUCGGUUCUAUAUAGUU